GCUGUUAGACCAAAUAUCAUAUAAAGAUUGAAAGGUAAUAAAUAGACGAAUUAUAACCCCUCAUUUUAAUGUUAGUGGGGAUUACAUUCCCCGUAACUGUUAGAAAAGCCCGUGAAAAACCAAAUCAACAUUUUUUUAAAAAAAAUAAUAGUGUGGUACAUUGGCCAUUUUGCAACAUUUCGCGGUAUUCUUUAACUUACAUACCCACUUUGAUAACAAAAUAUGACAACAUGAUGAAAAUAACGUUAGUGUUCAAUUUCAGUGAUUUGAAUAACAAUGUUUUAACAAAAAUAACGCUUUUUGACUUACAGAAGAACUAGUACAAAUUGCCCUGUUGUUGUCUGGCCUAGCGCACUGUACAUCUCUAUGUCUGGAGAACUCCUUGCUCAACCCCACCGAAAAUCCAUCGAUUUUGAGGCCAGCGACCCCUAUUAUACUUCGCUUUGGCAAUGACCCUCAAGUCAAUUAUGACAAUCUCGGGUUCUUGUUCCCCAUUCUCAUUGAUAAUAAUUCCUCCAAUGUAUUUCUAUUUGGGGUGCUAGGGUGUGGUGUGGGCUGUGGACUUGUGCAUUGAACUCCCUCUUGAAUGUACCCGGGCUUCCCCCCUUACCCCCCUACCCCAAAUAUGUUGGCACUUGUUUUUCAUCAACUUUUUUGUAGGUCGUGGAUUUUGGACGGGCAGAUGCAACAACGGGCACAAAUACAUUUGUCUUGAUGAUAUUGACCCAUCUAAUUGUUUGGUUUAUUCCUUUGGGUUGUCGGAUCAAGUCUCAUUUGAUGAAUCAAUGGCUUUCUUUGGUAAAUCAUCAAGGUCUCGCCUUUUUGCAAGUUUGGAUAACAUUUUUUUGAUUUAUUUUAUGCUGCUCUGUAUUUGGCUAUGACGUCAGAAACACACAAACGAUGCAAGAAAAUACUAAUCCCAAAUUACUAUUUGAAGUGGCCAAGAUUGGUGUAGGAGGGAUUCAACUUGGUGAAUUGCUCAUUAAAAAUGGUCAUCAGAACUCUCGCAUCACUUACUUAAAGGUUGAUAUUGAAUCUGCAGAAUUGGAAGCAUUGCCGGUUUGGAUUAAAAGUGGUGCUCUGAACAAUGCCAUGCAAUUGGGUCUUGAACUACAUGGUGUUGAUAGAUAUCCCUCGGAAUUUUGGAGCAUCCUCCAAGACCUCUAUCAUCUCGGAUUUAGGGUGAUUUCCUAUGAUCCAAACUUUUGUUCCUCUUAUGCCACAAGAGGCCUUUAUCAGUCAUUUGAAAUUGUAUUCAUAAAUGCGGAUGAUUAUUAGAUUAGGCAAUAAAGCUAUGACAAUGACUCAU